CGGCGGGCUGGUAUUCCCUUGUAGGGUACAAAGCACUUGGAGGUAAUGAUACCGCAUCCGAGGCAACGAUCCCGGCGAUCCCUCAGUCAGUGCGUCUCACAACAUGUCCCUUGAUUAAAGAUAGACAAUUGGUCCCUCCGCUUACGCCGCAGGUCAUGCGCGCCCUCUGUUCCUGGCAGAUUCCAUGCGUAUUCGGGUGUCAUAGCGCUAUGAAUACCCUACCGUGUCCGUCUGUAGGAUGACACCAUACGGGUGUCCCCCUACAUAACGGAGUCGAUGGUCCAUCCGCGGACGAGCCCUCUGACCUCGAUAGCUCAUCCUCGUCUCAGGCUCUCCGGUUUCGACUAGCAAAAUGCCGUCGCUGCGGUCCGCCUUGCUAUGGGCCAUACUCGGUGCGCUCGCUGCCGCGGCGCCUGCGGAAUAUACGCACAGGGUGAAGGAGACGGUGCACCCGCCCCGGGGUUGGAACGCCCUGCGCCCUGCGCCGCCCGCGCACACGAUCGAGCUCCGCAUCGGCCUGCCACAGCCCAAGUUCGCUGAGCUGGAGGAGCACCUGUACGCUGUGAGUGAUCCGUCGAGUGAGAGGUACGGAGAGCACUUGUCGAAGGAGGACGUGGAAGCGCUCGUUGCGCCUCAUCCUGAGAGUGUGCAGUUGGUCGAGGAUUGGCUUGCGUCGCACGGUCUCUUGAGUGAUGCGUUGUCGCGGUCGCCCGCUGGCGACUGGGUCACCGUCAGGGUGCCUGUCUCGUUGGCGGAGAUAAUGUUGGACACUACGUACCAUGUGUGGACGCACGCCGCUAGCGGCGAUUCGCUCGUCCGCACGACGUCGUACAGCCUUCCGGAGCACCUGCAUGACCACAUCGAGGUCGUCCAGCCCACCACCAUGUUCUCCCGCUUCACUCCGAUGCGGACCACUUACCGCUCCUUCCGCGCAAACACCGCUAUCCCCCAGUCAGACGGCGCCACGAUCGCCGUGCCCAGCGCUUCCGGGGGACAAGUCGCCGCAAGUUGCAACGGGACCAUCACCCCGGAGUGCUUGCUAGAGCUGUACAACGCGACGGGGUACACGCCGCAGGUGCCCGGGGAGAACAAGAUCGCUGUGACGGGCUACCUAGAGCAGUACGCGAACUACGCGGAUUACUAUCAGUUUUUGGGAGAGGAGUGGCUCGGAUACGUGCUCUCUGCAGAGGACCUGCCACAGUCGAUCUCCACCAGCUACGGAGACGACGAGCAGACCGUUCCUACAGCUAUGCGACACGCGUCUGCGCGGAGUUCGCGCAGCUUGGUGUGUGCCCGAGGGGUCUCUAUCAUGUUCAGCUCCGGAGACGGGGGUGUCGGCGACGGUGACCCGGACCCGGCUACCCAGGAGUGCUACAGCAACGAUGGUCGCAACGUGACGAUGUUCAUACCCGAAUUCCCAGCUAGUUGCCCAUACGACUCGGAGGUGCCGGAGAUCGCGGCGUGGUUCUCUGGUGGGGGAUUUAGCAACUAUGUGCGUUGGUCCUUUGCUGCCACUGAUCUUCGGGGCGCGCUGAAUCGCCUGUUCAGUUCGCCUCGACCAUCCUACCAGGACACUGCGGUGACGAAGUACCUCGGCGAGCUGGCUCCCGGGACGUAUGCGGGUCUGUAUAACGCGUCUGGCCGAGCCUACCCCGACGUCUCUGCUGAGGGCGUCAAUUUCACCAUGUAUGGGAUGCGGAAACUGGCCUCGUCGACGGGACUUCUCCCCACUUGGCUUCCUCAACCCAUUGAUUUAUUCGCUCAACGCACAGACGACAACGGGUUCAACGAUAUCACUGUCGGUAACAACCCGGGGUGUGGCACAGAGGGCUUCAACACAACGAUAGGAUGGGAUCCUGUUACUGGUUGGGGCACGCCCAACUUUGGUGUUCUGAAGGAACUUGUCCUGGGUGCGUGACGUUCGGAAUUUUCGAACGCGCUGUGGUGGGCAGUAGAAAAUAUGGUGUACUACUGGCAGUUAGCACUCCGGGUCGAUUGACCACUACUCACUAGUAGGAGAUGUGUGCGUGGUGUGUGCGUGGUAGUCCAGAGCUCAAGUUGUCGGGAGUCUUUCGUUCAAAAGCCAGGUCAGUGAGUGACCGUACAGGACAUCCCGGGCUAUCCCGGGCCGGUCUGUCGUCCGAUCGACGGUUCUUGGCAUGAUGUCACUGCCACAAAUGGCAGGCGGCGGCUUUGGAUCCUAAC